AUGACUCCUCUAAAGGUGCACGGAUUUGUCCAAAUUUGGAGCAAGAAGACUGGGAUGACCAAGUCAAGAGAAGCAUUCAUCAAAAUUGUGGAAAAAAGGAAGAAAAUUAGACUCGUGGUCCGUUUUGAGUCUGGACAAUUUAAGAGGAUUUUUCAGCUAAGUAACAAUAUUACAAGAGUUGUCCUUAGACAUCACAGGGAUAAACAAAGUCGCCUGCAUUUAGCUUUGCAAAACAACAGUUCCCUGAUUAUCAACAACUUAUCCUGCAGAGAUGCUGAAGAGCUGAAGGCAUUCCUGGACACAGUCCAUCAAAACAAGUUUCAAAAAUCCAUGAAACUUGAUAGUAAUUGGAGUGCCUUUGACAGCAGAAUAACUCAGAAGAAAAUCAACAAAACUCCACUUCACAAAAUUUGUGACGUGCCAAGUUAUGGAUCCUUUAAUACAGAGAAAGGAAGUAGAAUACCUGACCUUCAGAAGAUGCCUUCAUUAACACCAGAAUCAUCAACAAUUGUCAGGUCGGGGUUAUUAGAAAAUCAGUGUGGAUGGAGGAAAAGAAUGUUAUCAUCUCAUCUAGACAUGAAUGAAGACUUCCUGAAAGAGUAUAAGCCUGUACUAAAGAAGAAACCCAAGACAGAUUCCUGGACUUAUGUAAGCAGCAAUAGGAAGAAACAGUCAAAUUUGAAAGCUCUGGAAAGGGAUGGAAAAUUAAAAUUUGGACUUUCAUUGCAGGCCAAUUCUACUGGAAACCCUAACACAGAUGAGACUGUUCUUUCAAUCCAGACUCUGUAUGCCAAAGGGAGCUCGGAAUCUCCACUGGAGCCAAAUUGGAGCCAGAACGACCCAGGACAGAAUAACCCUCAGGUGCCACUUGACUCUCACCCAGAACAACUAUGGAAGGGCUUCCCCAAUUUGGGAAACACCUGUUACAUGAAUGCAACUUUACAGUCACUAUUUGCAAUUCCGUCAUUUGCCGAUGACUUACUCUGGCAAGGUGUUCCAUGGGAGAACAUUCCCUUGGAUGCUCUUAUCGUGUGCUUGACCCAGCUUCUUGUUUUGAAAGAUAUUUCCAAUCCAGAGAUCAAGGAAGAGUUACUUGUGAAUGUUAAAAAUUCCGUUUCUGCAGUUGCAGAGAUAUUCUCUGGCAACAUGCAAAAUGAUGCUCAUGAGUUUUUGGGCCAGUGUUUGGAUCAGCUGAAAGGAGACAUGGAAAAAUUAAAUAGUUCUUGGAAGGCUGAGAGAGAAAAUUUAUCUCCACAGAUUUCUGCCAUUGCUGCUGCCACCAAAGUGUUCGUUUGUCCUGUUGUCGCUAAUUUUGAGUUUGAGUUACAGCGCUCCAUUGUUUGUAAAGGCUGUAGUCAGGUUGUUAUCAAGAGAGAAUUGAGUAAUUAUCUCUCCAUUGACCUUCCCCAAGGAAUGAGACCAUUUCCUUUGUCUGUUCAAAAUUCUUUUGAUCUCUUCUUUACAGCAGAAGAGCUGGAGUAUAAUUGUGAGAAGUGUAAGCACAAGGAUUCGGUUGCAAUGCACAAAUUCAGUAAGAUACCCAGGGUUCUUAUUGUUCAUCUGAAACGCUAUUGCUUUAAUGAUGUUUGGUUUCUUGUGAAGGAUGACCAGCAAGUUGACAUUCCCAAAUAUUUAAGCUUAUCUUGUCAUUGUGAUGAAUGCACCAAACCACCUCUUCCCUUGUGCAGAAAUAUACACAGUGGAGACUCCCAAGUCCUGAAAGUCUCUCAAGAGGAGAUUUCUGGGAACAUUAGCCCAUCGACACCUUCACUGAGGUUGAUCUCUGAAUCCAAAUCUUCCAUGGUUCUGUACAGAGGAUCAGACAAGGAGGCUGAACCACAAAAAUACCCAGCCCUCUGUGAAGAGUCGAGCCAAGAAAAGCAGCAGAACAGUCAAGAAAAUGGUUCUGAGCUAACUAUAAAAAAGUCAGAAUUGAUAAACUCAAGAAAUGUGACAGUCAGCCUAAAGGAGCUGCCAGCAGCUGACUCGGUGAUGAGUCAGGUAGACAACUCUCUUUCUAUGAUCUCUGAAGACAGAGGUAAACCCACCAUCAGCCCAGACACAGGAUUUGUAGAGAUGCCUGAAAAUCCAGAACUUAAGAAAUAUGAGAAAACCAACUCAUUUAUAGAGUUACAUUUUGACAGCAUCGUUGAAUCUACUGAAAAUUUUUAUGAGGAUAAAGAAAACAGAUUUCCUGCAGGAUCUCAAGGAAGGGUUGAAAAGCUCCAGCAGCAUGAUGGGGAGAGAACUGGUGAAGAAUUCCUUCAACAGGCACUACCUCAAAGCCUUAGGAACCUGGAUGCCCAGGAACUUACAGAGGAAGACCUCAUUAGAGCUACAGAAGUAAGUGUGCAGAAGGCUAACAUGAAUUCCUUCCGUGCAUCAGAAGUUGAAGCCAAGGAACUGAAAAGAAAUGCCAAGAUGGGAGAUCCUCUUCAUGCCUACCGGCUCAUCAGUGUCGUCAGCCAUGUUGGCAGCUCUGCAGAUUCAGGCCAUUACAUCAGUGAUGUAUAUGACUUUGAGAGGCAGGCCUGGUUCACUAUCAGUGAUCUACGGGUAUCAGAAAUCCAAGAGACCGUGAUACAAGAGGCCAGGCUUUGCGAUGGAUACAUCUUCUUUUACAUGCACAAUGAAAUCUUUGAGGAACUAUUUGAAAAGACAAAGAAUUGCCCACUACCUAGCAUGGAGGCAGGGGCAAUCCAUCAGGGAGAAUAA